UUGAACUUUUUUUUACUUCUGCUCGUCCGUUGAGGAAUAAAGUAUAAACGGCCAGUGGCCAUCUGUAAAGUCAGCCACGUGGCGAGGGAUUCCCAUGUUCUGUCUUAAAUAUCUUCGAAAUGCCUUCGAAGUUUUGCAAUUCGACAAAUCAAGAAAGAUGCUUGGAACUGUUGGCCCAAGAGUUAAACGUGCUGGAUUAUAAUUACGUAUUAAAACCAAAAGAAAAUCUCACAGUGAACUUGAUUAACCUGAGUUACGACCUGUUGAAUGAUUUGAAAAAGCUCAAGGUCAAGUUUAGUAAGCUGACUGAAGACAAUUUAAGGCUCGGCAGGUUGUACGACGGAGCUGUUCAGGAAAAAACAAAAUUUGAAAAGCUUUCAGCUAAAGAGAGCGAAUCUGUCUGUAACUUACAGGACAGAGUCAAAACCCUCACUUUGCAAAAAGAGUCGGCUGAAAAGGAACUUAACAAGUCCAAAACCGAGGUGAACCGCUUGCUCAAAUCAUCGAAUGUUCAGAAAUUGCAGCACGAACAUGACCUGCGGAGGAAGGAACAGCUUAUCGACCGGCUCAAGAGUCAAUUGGAAGUCUAUUUGGACAACGACGACCUGGAAAAAGCUCCAGCAGCACACGCGAAGUUAGACCCAGGUCCGACUCAUCCUUCAAAGGAAGAUUUGGAAUUGUUCAUCAAGACUUUGCAGAACAACUUGCAAUUCACAAACCAAUUGGCCAGAAAGGAAAGAGUUUCCUCUGCGCACGUUUUCGGACGCUUUCCUACAUUAUCCAUCACCAGAACUACUGAGCGAAAUGGAGAAAAAUUUUGAAUUAAUUAUUGACCACUUAU